UGUUAAAGAAACAAUAUCCAGCAACUGUAGCAAGUAUUCGAACAAGUAUGAACAAUGGAACAUUUGGCACUAGUGACACACAUGAACACUGGACAGGUGUUAUACGAACGCAUGCUAUGCUAUACGCGAAAAACAAAGAUUUUAUCACUUCUUCAUCUAUCAAGUAUGCCGUCAUAAACCAUGACAUCAGCAUUUCUUACGAGGUUGAUGGUUGCAGAAGCAGUCUAUGUGAAUCGGAUGAUACUUCAACAUAUACAACAAGCACAACGAGUGGUUUCGCGAAGAAUGCAUGUACUCAUGGAGGAUCUACUCAGAACGGAUCUUCAGCCAAUGCUGUUGGUGUAGGUAUCGGUUUGGCGGUUGGUUUAUUGUGCACAGUCGGAGCAGUAGUUGUCAUAAUUGUACUUCGGAGAAGAGGUGUAUUGCCUUGCAGAUUGGGGUCGAAAAAUGACAAAAUUAAUUCAGAAUCACGCGAUUGUGUUUGCAAAUCUAAUGUAACUUAUGAAAAUGAAAUUCAAAAUCAUAAUUAUUUUAUAUUGGAAAAAUGCGCAAAAUCAGUGGUCGAAAGUGGGAAUAAAAAGAACACACCAGAUGAACCAAACGAAAGCAAUGCUGAGACCGAUAAUUAUACUUCAAUCAAUGAAACCGAUGAACCUUAUCAAACUAUAAAAGAUGAGUACGACUACACAACAAAUGCCUUAAGAACCGGACACAAUAGCACGAACCCGGACAAUGUCUAUAACAAACUAAAACUAGACCUUCCCGGAGACUAUGCUCGCGUAGGAAGACUCGGGCAUAACAUUUCUACAGCAGACAGCGACUACGAUGCAACUGCUGUUGCGCGCAGGAACGACGGGGACGGAGACUAUAACCAUAUCCCGCAUCCUGAUAGUACAACCUGUGCCCGACGGAAUGGAUCAAAAGAUGACUAUGAUGUUAUCAAUGGAAAGAAGAUUAAAUUUCCCCCAAGCGACUCUGCAGAUUAUGCUCACGUCAAAAUUUAGAAAACACUUAAAUAAAUACACAAGAUAAGUAUUGAUGCAAAGCAUCAAAGGGCCAAGAGAAUUUCAGUGUAAAAGGCACUCAAUGAAG